AUGAUUUUUAUAGGCGAUACCUUUGACUUCGAGUUUACAACAAAAACUUCCAACCCAAUAAGAUGUGCAUUUGGAAAGCAGUUUUCCAUACUUCUGUUUUCGGAUAACUCCGGAAUUUACAAAGUAUCUGCUCAUCAUUUGUGUUUUGUUGUUCCAGUCCAUUAUCCGUCAUUUGUCAGGUCCGUAUUGAAGCCAAAGGAUUUGCCUCUUAGAGAAAGUGUAGACAGGUUGUUCGAAUUCAAAAGUUCAAAAAACAGAGACAGGUUUGCUCUUUAUGUCGACAGUAUAUCCAAUGAUCAUUUUCAAAUAAUAAAGGAACUGGGACCUCCCAAAAAUAUAAGAGAAAAUAAAACUCUGUAG